AUGCAGCCAUGUGACACCCCUCCAUCACCUGCGGGACACUCGCCUCGGGGAAAGAAGACGUUGCUCUCGGAGUCUUUGGGCACCCAAAUGACGGCGUCUCUGAUCUCAGGUGGAAAAGACAUGGAGGUUCUGGAUAUUGCCCAGCGACUCAAGCAUCUCCAGGCACAGAGUCAGUCGUCACCGGUGUAUGUAACAACACAGGAGAUGACGAAUGAUAUCCUGGACCGCACUGGGCCGGAAACCAUGAUUGCUGCCACAAUAAAAGCCAACAUUAGUCAGAGUUCACAGGCAGCCGACGGUACAGCCUCCAAUUCCACCACCAAGAGGCCAAAGGAUAUCAAUACUUUCACGCUCUAUGAUUUCGCCGCCAUUUCGGCACUGGGGUCUUUGGUAGAGAAGUAUGGUCGAGUCUCCCAUAUGGGGGUGCUGGACCCAUCGUACAGCUUCUUCUUGAGUAAAGACCUCCAGUCGGCACUGUACUACAAAGUAUUGAACAACAUUGCAGUCAUUGGUGGUGACCCUCUAUGUUCGGAGAGCCAGUAUGAUAACCUCCUUCUGGAAUUCCGCCGAUUACGAAAACGCCGCGGUUGGGGCGUUACAUUCCUGGGCACCACGGACAAUUUCUUACCAUACGCUGCACAGAAGAAGUGGGUGACGAUGCGGUUUGGGACCGAGAGAGUUCUCAAUCCACUGGACAACCCCAUACUACAAGAGAAGGAAGGGAAGAGGGUGAUCAGCCAGAACAGACAGCUUCUCGACCCCUCAAGAGGUGGAGUUUCAGUCCAUGUCUACAUUCCCAGUCAACAAGGUCGAGAUGAAACCCUCGAGCAAAAGCUUCGGCACGUCUACGAUUCAUGGAGGGAUAGUCGCAACCACUCGUCCCGGCCACAAGCAUACAUGACUGUUUUCGACCCUUUUGCCAUCCCGCCCUUGAUGACCUACAUCUACACAACGGGUCGUGACGGUCAGUGCAAUGGGUUCGCAGCGUUAAGAAAGAUCGGGGCCAACAAAGGCUACCACAUCGAUCCGUAUUGUGCGCUACCAACGGCACCCAAGGGCAUCACCGACCUCCUCGUUUUCUCGGCAAUGUCACUCCUCCAGCAAGCUGGGAUUGGGUAUCUGAGCUUUGGUUUCGAACCAGCCAGAGAACUUGGCGAGAUCACCGCGUUGUCCAGACCCACGACCGCCGUCACCAGGUCAUGCUAUCGACGGGCGUUCCGUCACCUGCCCAUCGGUGGAAAGCAGGCGUAUCAUGACAAGUUCCGCCCCGACGCAAAUUUGGAUUCAGGCUUGUACAUUAUCUAUCCUGAGGGAGCACCCAGUAUACAACAUGCAUUGGCCACGUUGCACAUUGCCAACAUAAAGGUCAGAGGAAUUUUGCGUGCAGAGUUGUUCGGAGCUUUGCCAAAAGUACCCAAGGUGAAACAGAGUACGAAGACGAAUGAAGGAGCAGAGAAUCAAAAAGAACAUUCGGCAUGA